UCCCACUGCCUCUCCCUCUCCUGAAAGCGCCUGACAGAGCUCACCUUCCAGUCAUGGCAGCGACACUGUGUGUGGUUUUCACACUCUUAGCUUCCAUCCGCAGCUCCGAUGGGAGCCUGCGCUUCGCCUCCUACUAUGGAGACCACAUGGUGCUGCAGAGGUCUCCAGAGAGGGCCCUGCUGUGGGGCUACGGCCCUGACGGCGCUCAGGUCAACGUCACCUUGUCAGGACCAGUAAAACAGAAAACCUCAGCGGCAGUCACCGUGACAAAAGGUGUCUGGCGUGUGAUGCUCGACCCUGUUGAAGCCGGUGGCCCCUACAAUGUGACGGCGGCCACUCUGGGCGGCAGAGCCACCCUCACGGAUGUGCUGUUUGGAGAUGUGUGGCUGUGUGGAGGGCAGAGCAACAUGUACUUCAAAACAUCUCAGAUUUUCAAUGCAUCACAGGAGCUGGCCCUCGUCGCAAAGUAUCCUCACGUGAGGACUUUUAUGGCCGCCUUGAACCUGAGUGAAACUGAGCUGAUUGAUUUAAUUCAAGUGGAACUUCCCUGGUCCGUGCCCACAGCAAGAGAUGUGGCUGAGUUCUCUGCAGUGUGCUGGCUCUUUGGACGCUACAUAUACGAGAACCUGAAGUACCCUAUAGGACUGGUGGAGUCCUGUUGGGGAGGCACACCUGUCGAAGCCUGGUCAUCUUCAAGAGCCCUGGAGCAGUGUGGACUAGAGCUAAGAGAAGACAGCCCUAAAGACAGAAAUUCAGUCUUGUGGAAUGCGAUGAUCCACCCGCUGCUCAACAUGACCAUCAAAGGAGCCAUCUGGUACCAAGGUGAGGCAAACACAGAUUAUCAUCAAGAGAAGUACAACUGCUCCUUCCCUGCUAUGAUUGAUGACUGGAGGAUGGCGUUUCACCAGGGUUCAGGGGGGCAGACAGCUCACGACUUCCCCUUUGGAUUUGUCCAGCUGUCCACCUACAAAAAGGGCUCUACAGAUGACGCCUUUCCAAACAUCCGCUGGCACCAGACAGCAGACACUGGCUUUGUCCCGAACGCCCGCAUGCAGAAAACCUUCAUGGCUGUGGCUGUGGAUUUACCAGAUGAAACCUCGCCCUAUGGCACGAUCCAUCCCAGAGACAAGCAGGAUGUGGCGAACAGACUGACACUGGGAGCGAGGGCAGUGGCUUACAAUGAGAAGGACGUGCCCUUCCUCGGUCCUUUCCCCAACCAAAUCCUGUCCACUCCGAUGUAUGUCAACAUCACCUACGACCAGACCGUCUCUGUCACGCCAUCUAAAGACAUCUUUGAGAUCUGUUGUUCCACGGUUCAGGCUCCAUGUGGGCCCACAUCUCACUGGGUGGCAGUUCCCAUCAUGCAGUGGGGUCCGACCACUGUCCAGUUAGCCGCCAACCUGUGUCCGUCUGCCGCUGAAGUAGCUGCCCUGCGGUACGCGUGGAAAGACUGGCCGUGCGGCUUUAAAGCCUGUCCUAUCUACAGCGCGAGCAGAAUUUUACCUGCACCUCCUUUUAUCAUCAACCGCCACCCAGCAACAGGAAACAUUUGGAAAAGCUACUGACAAAGUAACUGUCAGAGGACUAAGUGAUAAAAAAGCGUGUGCUUUCUGUUCCUCAGGUCAAACUGAGCGACCUGGGUGGAAGUUCAACAACAUAGAUGAUGACACUGUAAAAAUGAUGAGCUAAAUGUAGCUAAUGUUUAUCAGUUUUUAGCAGAUAUAAAGGCAAUGAUGACGUACUUCACCAUAAAAUGUUAGGGUAAAGGAUGUUUUUGACAUGUAUCUGAAUGUCCCUUUGUUUUGACUUCUGCACUGUUCUGGUUAACAUUAUUUUUAGAUUGUUUAUGCUGCAUUCAAUCUAUGCUGUUACCUCCACGGCCAAUAAUUGCUGGACUGUAUGAAUGUAGAAAAUCUUGACAAAUGUGUUUUUAUUUUAACAAAACUCAGGAUUUUGAAGUUUACAACAGAAAUAAGUCUUUUUGACAAAUAAAUGACAAAUCAGCAACAUAGUUUAUGACGGUGUGUUAUAUUCCAAGGCAGUUCUUUCACUUCAAAGUUAACCAGAUGGAAAUGCUGUGACAUUUUUGAUAAGUCAAACAUGAUAUACUAUUGUUUCACCUGGAAAGAAUUGUUCACUGCAAUGUCUUGUAACUGCAACUUUAAGUACCAGCAAUAGUGCACUAUGUACCAAAACUUGUAUAAGGGGAAAGCAGAAUAACCUUUGCACACAUCCCCUCUAAUGCAGAAGAUGACACACAAUAAAUAACAUUGCCUUGAGUUUCUUCUGUUUCCUGAAUUACUGAACCAGGAAAAAAAAAA